UUGACUGUCUCCUUCACUGUGGGCUCGCAGGCACACACAGCCGCGUAUCACCAGAGCUGGCCGCUGUCCUCGCAGUACCUGAAACACCAGGGACCUUGCAAUGAUCUCGCUGGACUUAAAUUUCAACAUUUUGACUCGGGACCUGUCGCAUUACCUGGAGAACCAAGUGAAAGUUGGGCUGUUCGGUUCGGGAGUGGGUCUGUCUCUAGUGCUGGGCUUCAGCGCGGCGUACACCUGCUACUAUUUGAUCUCAGUAGCGAAGAAGCCACAGCUGAUCUCUGGAGGUAAGAAGUUCUACCAUUUUCUGAGGGAGCAAUGUCCAGUAGUGUCAGAGACCUACUACCCCACCUUUUGGUGUUGGGAGAGCCGCAUCCAGACUCUGCUGAGACCUUUCGUCACAGCCAAACCGGGGGUCAUCUACAGAAAUGAGCUCAUUAAAGCAGCAGAUGGAGGACAGAUCUCUUUGGAUUGGUUCGACAACGAUGACAGCCUUUCUCAUCCCGACCCUGCCACCAGGCCCACAGUCCUCCUCCUCCCCGGUCUGACCGGCACCAGCCGAGAGUCCUACAUCUUACACAUGGUCCAACAGAGCCGGGAUCUGGGCUAUAGAUGCGUGGUUUUCAACAACAGAGGAGUUUCUGGUGAAACAUUACUGACCCCAAGGACCUACUGUGCAGCCAACACAGAGGAUCUGGAGACUGUUAUUGAACACAUCCAGAGGGCCUAUGAAGCUGCUCCACUCAUGGCUGCAGGAGUGUCCAUGGGCGGGAUGAUGCUGGCAAACUACUUGGGGCGCAAGGGCCGGGAAACCUGUCUGAAAGGGGUCGUGGUCUUCUCAGCGGGCUGGGAUGUAUUUGAGUGCACUGCUUCACUGGAAAAACCCCUGGACCGUUUCCUCUUCAACUCCUACCUCACCAGCUGCCUACAAGCCUCUGUGCACAGGCACAGACCAGUGCUCGAAAAAUGUUACGACAUUGAUCAUGUCAUGAAGGCAAGGACCAUCCGAGAGUUUGACGAAAGGUUCACCUCCAUAAUGUUUGGUUAUCCUACCAAUGACGACUACUACCGCGAUGCCAGUCCUGUGCACAGGCUCAAAUCUGUGCAGGUGCCAAUGCUAUGUCUCAACGCUGCUGACGAUGUCUUUUCUCCAUCUCACGCCAUUCCAGUGGAGGCAGUAAAACAGAACCCUAACCUGGCCAUGCUCAUUACCCAUCACGGCGGCCAUAUUGGUUUCCUGGAGGGCCUGUGGCCACGUCAGAGCACUUAUAUGGACCGAGUCUUCAAGCAGUUUGCAAAGGCGGUCAUUGAGCAAAGCAACCAACUCAAAGACCUCUCCUGAUAAGAAAAUGUAACUGAUGUUCUGGUUUUACAUUUUUAUUAUGUCUUCUUGAUACAUUCUGUCCUUUAUUUCUUCCAUUUUAAAUCCCAUUCUUGUUUUUUAUACCUUAUUCAGCCCUUUCUGCAUUACAUCCACCUUUUCCUCUCUACCAGACCAGUUCUGCAGUUUUUCUUUCUUCCGAUGACUUCUUCUAUCCUUGCCCUCCAUAGGUCCGUUCUAUUUUUGCUGCCACAAGCAAAAAAAAAAAAAAUCCUCAUUCUUUCUAAUUUUAAAGGGCACAUUUUAUUGAAUGCAGCAUUUGUGUUGCACUCAGCAUUAAUUUAUUUAUUCCAUACAGUUAAAAGUCUGUAGUCCUGCAAGCAAAGCUGUUCAUGUCACAGCUGAAAUACUGAAUCUGUGCCCAUUUGUGCAUUAGCUAGCUAAAGAAUUAUGUGAUUACCGUGUGCAAUCAUCAGUACUGUACAUGAGAUUCCAAUCAUUUUUGUUUAUGAAGCAUCCUCUAUUGCUUUUAUCAUUAAGACAUCUGUAGGAUUUUAGCCCUCAGGGAUUUUUUUUAUUUCCUUAACUUAAUUUUCCUUAACUUCUUUCCCUCCUUUGUACUUUCUCAGUUAUUCUCCUCGAGUUUGAGUUUUCCUAAGUUUACGUCCACACAAAGUCAUUUAUUUUCUUCUAAAGUAAUAGUUUCAUAUUUUUGUCUUUUGAGUUGUGAAGCUUGAAUUCACUUUCUUUUAAAUAUGAUGCUAAUAUCAUGAAAUGAAUAGCUUAAAGAUUGGAAGCAUAAAGAUUGGAAGCAGAGGAAAGCAGCGCCUCUGAAGCUCUAAAUAAAAUGCAGUGCCGUGAAAAAGUAUUUUCCCUCUUCCUGAGUUCUUAGGGGUUUUUUCAUAUUUUUCAUACUUCAAAUCACCAAACUAAAUUUUAAUAUUUGACGAAGAUAACCAGAGUAAAUACAUAAAAAUCUGUGUGAUGAUCUGAAUCAUGUAAGUAAUGUAAUUUAACAAAUGUGCAAAAAAAAUGAACAAAUCAGGAAGAGGGAAAUAGCUUUUUCUCUGCAUUGUAGUGUAAUGUGACUAAGGGAUACUUCCCUCCCUUUGCCAGGAGAAGAAUUGUCAUGGGAGAGGAGUACCCAUAAAUUAAACAUGAAAUUGCAAAGCUCUUAUAUUUUGGCAUAAUUUUUGUCGCUGAUAAUAAAUAAUCAGAAAGCAGUCAUAAAGAAACUUAAGUCCUCAAAUGCAGGAGUAGUUUGAGCGCGCUGCAUAGUAAUUACACAUUUUAAAGCAAAAAAGUGCAAAUUUAAUUGGUUUUUAUCUUAUUUAUUUAUUUAUUUUUUGUUGCAUAGUUGACAUUUUGCUACAUCAGAUUGUCACAAAUAACUGUUAAAAUAUAGGUUUGCCUAAAAUCUGUCCAAUAAUAACAAGUACUUACCUUUACCACACACAGACAGAUAAUGUAGUGCCUGGACUAAAGCUUUGUUUCUUUUACCUCUGAAGUUGUCAGAGGUAGGAGUGACGUCACUCUCGAGUUGACCGUUCCAGCAGUAGUAGUAUAUGGAAAAUAUCAUAUUUUGGGUUAUUUCCACAUUUUAGGCUAUGCAGUUUAUAAUUUUGACUUCUCAGAAAUUCUUAAUUGCGAUAUACAUAACUUAUCAUUUUUGAAUUAUUAAGUAAUUUAGCUACCCCCCCCCCCCCCCCCCCCCCACCCCCUUAAAAAAAAAUUUCAGCUUGUAUAGAGUUCAAAUUGGAAAGUCCUACAUCAAAGUUGGGAUUUCCAACUCUUCAGUUGGAACACAGUGUAUUUCCUAGUCUCAUGAGUGACUUUAAUGUGUUUGGUUACCUGUGUAACCCUGGUUCUCUGAGGUCAUGAUAGGAUAUGCCCUCUGAUGUAACGAAAAGCUCCACUAGCACAAAGUCCUUCUACGGUCUUAAUUGCUGAUCUAUUUGGUUCAAGUCCACUGGAUGUCUUUGUCAUCAGUGAGUGCGAACAUCUGUGUGGGCAUCUACGUACCUGCCUGUUUUUUGUGACUGCACGGAGUCGUCUGUGAAGAAUUUAAAUAACAGUGGACCAGCUACCCAUCUAUCCCAGGCAGUGGGCAUAAAACAGACUUCAGAGAAGUAUAACAGAAAAAAACUACGCAGCUAUUGGGUCUCGAACUGUAAAUCAAUGUCCAUCUCUGCAACAGAGUAUAAUCAAUGCUUAAAGCCUAGGUUAAGCUCUGUUAGUUCAUUAUCAUGUAAACUGAAUAAAAAAGAAUAGGCAGACACACGGACAUCCACAGAAACCCGCUAACCAUCUGAUGACGAAGUUUAGGUCACUGGGACCUGAGCGGACUUGCAGAUGUAAAAAGUAUAAUCCCUGCUUGAGACAGACCAGUCACUUUAAAGACACAUGGUCCCCAAUGCUAAUUUAUAAUAGCCCUUGGCCUCAGUGUAUAAAAGCAAUGUAUAUUUGUCAGUCCGCUAGUUGAGGCUGCCAUUUUAAUUAAAAAAAAAAAAAAAAAAGGAAAAAUCUACCUAAAUCAACCUGUUUUAGAGCUUUACAGGGAUAACCAAGCUGAGCUAGUUUCCCCCUUCUUUCAUUCUUUAUGCUAAUCAAGUAACCGGCCUCUGGCUGCAGCUUCAUAUGUAGCAGACCGAGAGUGGUGUCAACCUCCUUAUCUAUCCCACACUGCGAAAUCGAACAAGCAUAUUUUGAAUUGUUCCUGUCUGUAUGUCUCCUGCAUGCACUUUUAUUUUGACUCAUUCUUCCAUUCAUGCACCAAAUAGUUUUACAACAUGGAGACAAAUUCAUCAAUGACGAGGAAUGUAAAAUUGCACUAUGUAAGUUGAAAAAUUCCUUAAUGCAAAGCACUUCAUUUCAUGAGAAAAAUGAAAGUGCAUCCCAAAGGUUGAACAGAGCAAAUGAGAGUCUGGAAAUUUCACAAGGUUUUCUUUCUUCAAAUGUUGACAACGAGUCCUUAACGUAGGUCUGAGGGUGCUAGACUCAGUGGAUGUGAAUGAAAUAAUGCACACGGUGACUGUCUGAAAGUGUUAGGUGUUGCUUUACUAAAUGCAAAGCCUGGUUUUCAGUCAUUUUUUGUUUUCUUUUGCCAACAAUGAUCAAGGGGCUGGCUACCAUGUAUGAGUUAGCAUCAGUGAAACAAUCAGAUCUGACUGGAAGCCAGACUUUCAGUAAUGCUCUGCGUGAAGGAUUUUUCCUGUUCCUGUGGAAUUAUUAUUUUUUUGUGUUUGUUUGUCCUGCCAAGUGUCCAUUGUGCAGCAUGUGUCUUAUCAGUGUCAUCAUGUCCUGAACGUUAACACCACUUUGUAAUAUGUAGCACAAAGGACAUGUUUGUCUGUUCAUAGGAUUCAUUUCAUUUUUUUACACUGUAUAAAAAAGAAGAAAAUUAAACAUUCGGUUUAACAUGUGCGGCAAUAAAGAGUUUAACUUUAAAACAAUGUCUCUAUAUAAGUACUAGUAUAUACGGAUUAUCAACAUGAGUGUAAUAUGCUGUAUUUAAUAAAUAAAUAAA